AACAGCAACAACAAUAACAACAACAACACCGCUAACAAUAACAACACCCUUGGCCGGAGCUCCGCAACGAAUAAUGUCAUUUCCGAUCUGGACUCGCCGAAGAAACGUCAUCUGGCCCAGGACGAUGGGAUAGUGUCCUGCGUGACGGCACUUGGCUGCCUGCCGUCGCCUCCGAUAGCGAGUAUAAUCUCGGACGCGAGGAACGUCAAGACGUCAUCGCACCACAGGUGUCUCAUGAAAACACCGACGACGCCGACCUCCGUAUCGACGAACUCCUGCACGACCCUAGACGACCUGAUUCACCUCUCAGGACCGCUGACCGAAGACGCGGUACUAAAGUGCCUUCAAGCGAGGUUCUGCGCCAAACAGUACCACACCAAUGUCGGCCCCAUCCUGGUGUCGAUUAACCCAUACACUGACGUCGGAAAUCCGUUGACGUUGACGAGCACUAGAAGUGUACCUCUGGCACCGCAGCUCAACAGGGUGGUUCAAGAGGCGGUCAGGCAGCAAUCAGAGACGGGUUAUCCGCAGGCGAUAAUUCUGUCUGGAACGAGUGGCUCGGGCAAAACCUACGCAUCGAUGCUCCUCCUGAGACAGCUCUUUGACGUGGCUGGUGGUGGGCCAGAAACAGAUGCGUUCAAGCACUUGGCAGCAGCCUUUACAGUCCUGAGGUCACUCGGAUCAGCGAAGACGGCAACGAAUUCUGAAAGCUCGAGAAUAGGCCACUUCAUCGAAGUUCAAGUGACGGAUGGCGCCUUGUACCGGACGAAAAUCCACUGCUACUUCCUAGAUCAAACCAGGGUAAUAAGGCCACUACCGGACGAGAAGAAUUAUCACAUAUUCUACCAAAUGCUCGCUGGACUCUCCCACGAUGAGAGAGCAAAACUGAACCUCGAGGGUUAUAACCUGAAGAAUUUAAGGUACCUGCAACACGGUGACACAAGGCAGGACGAGGCUGAGGAUGCGGUCAGGUUCCAAGCGUGGAAGGCUUGCUUGGGAGUCCUUGGAAUACCAUUUCUGGACGUAGUCAGAGUCCUGGCCGCAGUCUUGAUACUCGGUAACGUCGGUUUCACGGACGGACCUGGUGUCGAGGUCGGUGUGGUCGGAGAGAACGAACUAGGUGCAGUAGCGGCAUUGCUGGGAGUUCCCCCACCGGCUCUGCUGAGGGGCUUGACUUCCAGAACGCACAACGCCAGAGGACAGCUAGUGAAGUCUGUCUGCGAUGCGAAUAUGUCCAACAUGACCAGAGACUCCCUCGCCAAGGCUUUGUACUGCCGGACAGUGGCGACCAUCGUCAGACGGGCGAACAGCCUCAAGAGAUUGGGGUCAACCCUUGGCACCCUCUCUUCAGACUCCAAUGAGUCCGUUCACAAUCAGGCCGAAGUGACCAGUCAGCACGCCUCCACCAUCGGCAGUUCAGCAGGAGGAACAGGUUCGAGAAGUAUGGCUGCGCUGAACAACGCGGUAAGACAUGCUACGGACGGGUUUAUCGGUAUCCUAGACAUGUUCGGGUUCGAAGACCCAAAGCCUAGCCAGCUUGAGCAUCUGUGUAUAAAUCUAUGCGCGGAAACGAUGCAGCAUUUUUACAACACCCACAUAUUCAAAAGUUCGAUCGAGAGCUGCAGGGACGAGGGGAUACACUGCGACGUGGAGGUAGAUUACGUUGACAACGUGCCUUGCAUCGAUCUCAUCUCAUCACUGCGCACGGGUCUAUUGAGUAUGCUCGACGUCGAAUGCUCGAUAAGAGGAACAGCUGAGAGCUACGUGUCCAAGGUUAAGGUUCAGCACAAACAGAACCCCAGGCUUUUCGAGUCCAGGAUGGUCGACUGCAGGUCAUUUGGUAUUCAGCACUUCGCUGGAAGGGUUGCUUACGACGCCUCCGACUUCCUCGACACGAAUAAGGACGUCGUGCCCGACGAUCUUGUCGCCGUAUUUUACAAGCACACCUGCAACUUUGGAUUCGCGACGCACCUCUUCGGCAGCGAAUUGAAAGCCCUCUAUGCCAACGACACGGUUCCCCGGGGAGUGAGCUUCCGGAUAUCACCAACGUCACACACGGACCUGCUUAACGGAGACGAGCCCAUAUCCACCCUUACCCAAGACUUCCACACGCGGCUGGACAAUCUUCUGAGAACGCUUGUACACGCUAGGCCUCAUUUCGUCAGGUGCAUCCGCAGCAAUGGUUCCGAAACGCCGGUUCAUCUGGACCGAGGAGUCGCGAUGCGGCAGAUCAGGUCACUUCAGGUUCUCGAAACCGUCAAUUUGAUGGCCGGAGGGUAUCCACACCGGAUGCGUUUCAAGGCGUUCAACACCCGGUACAGACUCUUGGCGCCGUUUAAGCAGCUGCGAAGGGCGGAAGAGCAGGCUGCCGAGGACACGAGGCUCAUACUGCAGAACGCCCAGCAGAUGAAGAGCAAGUUUUCCGCGAGCACCAGCUGGGCUCUGGGCAAACGUCACAUAUUUCUGAGUGAAGGUAUUCGCCAGCAGCUCGAAGCCUUGCGCGCAGACACUCGACGGCGAGCUGCCACUGCUAUACAGUCCAGCUGGCGAGGAUGGCGAAUCCGGAGAAGAUGGCCAAUUCGAAGAUCGGUCAUCGGCAUCGGCUCAAACGUCAUUCAAAAGCAGCAUCACACUCUUCAAGUCGGUCAGAGAGGAGUGACUGCUGGAAGUGGAAAUGCGACCGGUAACGGUGCUCGUCCCAGGCCUCAACCCAUCGCUGGUACUCCACCUCCAGAUCCAACGGAAAAGUGUGCCGAUCAAAAGAUGAUCCAGCAGACCUGCACCCUCUUUGGCCUUGACCUUGAACGACCUCCACCAGUACCUCCAUCGAGAUCUUACACCGUUACCGGAAAUACAAAGUUGGGUUAUCCGCAGACAAGGGUGAUGAAGACGCCAUUUCCAGAAGGAGGAGACGGCGAGGUGGCGCUGCUCAAGGGUGAGACGGUGCUGGUGGUCGGAGCUUCGCCGAGAAGAGGGCACCUCCUGGUUGAGCACAACGGUGCGACGCUGCACGUUCCGUACCAGUUCAUGGAGUUGAAGCCCUGCAACGUGAACGUAUGAUGAACAAGCCGUUAUUGUGAGUUGGCGAGUAGAUAUUUUGGUCGACGUUCACACCGUCCAGACUACUACGUUGUUGUACGUUGAGGGUAGGAAAACUCGGUGGUGCAUGCACGUUCAGCCAGCAAUUGUUUGUGCAAAGUUCGGAUUGAGGGUGGGUCGCGGGUUCAAGAACCGCCUAUAGAGUCACUGGGAGUUAAUUUACCGCGAUCACUCAGCCCCACCCCGUUCCGGGGCUGCUUCGCGGAAUCUGCAAAGUUUCGAACACUCGAUUCUAUCGUAUUAAUUGCCCCUGCAGCGCGAUGCAAUCGUCGUAUUCCCAGUUCAACUACAUUACUCAGUUCGUUACCAACACGGCACUGGAUGCGGUCCUGUAUCAUUAUUUAUGACAAGAUCAUACAACCGCGCACGCCACUCUGCGUGCAAAAUGUUUUGUAAUACAUAGCUACGCAGGAACUGGGCUGAGUUGACAUUUGUACCCACGUAAAAGGAUUCCUCUAC